AGUUGUUUAUUAAUUCCCAUUUCAUUAAUUAAUUAAUUUUCUGCUAUAGACUGUUCAGGUAGAAGAAGACUGUUGAGUCUAGAGUCUCUGGAGAUGGAGAAUCCAGAUGCUUCUUGAGUUCCUUUUUCAGAAUUUCUCAUUAGCUUCCUUCUUUGAACGGUUUCGAAAAAUUCGGGUUGAGUUCCACUUCCUACGUCUGUUCUGGUAAAUUAUUCUCAAGACUUCCCAGAAUCCAGACCUAAUUACUCACAAGAUCCCUUUCACGAUUCACUUGUGGUAGCUCUGGCAGCUCUUUUUCGCUUCUGUUAAGGGUUUCAGAUCCUCUCUGAUCCUUUCUUUUUGUGACGAAUUUGAGCAUCAAAUACUCGAGUUGGGUGAGGAUAGUUUGAUCGUUAAGUUCUUCAAGCUAGUCCUUUGACGAAAAGGACGUUUAAUUUUGGUAUGCUGGGUCGUCCAACAUUCAUAGAACCGUCCUCGACGUACAAGAGAAUGUCGUCGAGAGAUUAUGUGAAUCUGCCCGAUAAGGAAGAAGAUUCAGCUCUUUUGCAGAAUGGUAUGGGACUCGAAACAACAAAUCCUUCCUGGAAGCGUUCUAUUCCCCAUGUACUUGUAGGAACCAUUUCGUCAUUCUUAUUCGGUUAUCAUCUUGGAGUGGUCAAUGAACCACUUGAGAGCAUUUCUUUAGAACUUGGUUUUGGUGGGAAUAGCUUGGCUGAAGGUCUAGUGGUGAGUACGUGCUUGGCUGGUGCUCUUGUUGGAUCUUUAGUCAGUGGUUGGAUUGCAGAUGGGCUUGGUCGUCGUAGGGCUUUCCAAUUAAGUGCUUUACCAAUGAUCAUUGGUGCUGCCGUGAGUGCAACGACAAAAAGUUUGGAGGGUAUGCUUCUUGGGAGGAUCUUAGUUGGAACCGGAAUGGGUGUGGGCCCAGCUGUUGCAUCUCUCUAUGUAGCAGAGGUUUCACCGUCUUUUGUGAGGGGUACUUAUGGAAGCUUCAUCCAGAUUGCAACAUGCCUUGGGCUUAUGAGUGCCCUCUUCAUUGGCAUCCCUGCCAGAGAAGCUGUUGGUUGGUGGCGGGUGUGUUUCUGGGUGUCUGCCAUUCCUGCUGUAAUACUGGCUCUAGCCAUGGAGUUCUGUGCAGAGAGUCCCCAUUGGCUUUAUAAGCGAGGAAGAUGUGCAGAAGCUGAAGUUGAAUUCGAGAAGCUGUUAGGAGAAUCACAUGUCAAAUCUGCAAUUGCUGAACUGUCAAAGUUGGACAGAAGUGAUGAUGUAGAAGAUGUAAAAUACUCGGAGUUAUUCCGUGGCCGCCAUUUUAGAGUUGUUUUUAUUGGGUCAACCCUAUUUGCUUUCCAACAGCUGUCUGGUAUUAAUGCUGUAUUCUAUUUCUCUUCUACCGUCUUUAAAAGAGCGGGAGUACCAUCAGACCUGGCAAACAUCUGUGUAGGAGUUGCGAACUUGUCUGGGUCAAUUGUUGCGAUGAUUUUGAUGGACAAAAUGGGAAGGAGGGGGCUUCUUCUGGGGAGCUUCAUGGGCAUGGCAGGAGCGAUGGGUCUCCAGGUUACUGCAGCGAGUUCUUUUAUACCAGGCUCUGCAGCUUUGUAUCUAUCCGUCGGCGGGAUGUUACUGUUUGUCUUGACUUUUGCAUUGGGUGCUGGUCCAGUCCCAGGUCUUCUCCUACCUGAAAUUUUCCCCAGCAGAAUUCGAGCAAAGGCUAUGGCAGUCUGUCUAUCUGUACAUUGGGUUGUAAAUUUCUUUGUGGGAUUGCUGUUCUUGCGUUUGCUGGAAGUACUUGGGCCACAAUUAUUGUACUCAUUCUUUUCUACUUUUUGUUUGAUGGCUGUGGUUUUUGUGAAGAGGAAUGUUGUGGAAACCAAAGGAAAAUCACUUCAAGAAAUUGAGAUAACUCUUCUUCCACAAGACUAAGGUAGGAGAAUGGAGAUGGAGAUUUUUAAAUGUAAUUGUCAUCUACGUGCUGGCCUGGUCUGUUUGAUUUGCUCUCUUUGUUGAAAAAGUUGUCCAGGUGAUACAAUUUAUUCACAGAUUUUGGGAGACAUGUUGCUGCUAAGCUAUUUGUUAACUAGGUGAUAACUGGGUUGGGCUGGUGUAUAUUCUAGAGAGGGAGGGUUGUGUGAAUGUGUUGAGAGCAACAUGAUGUCAUUGCAACCUUCCAUCUUAAUAUAGUAUUAAUGAUUUCAUCUUUCUGUAAGGAUGUUGAGUUCAAUGCAUGGCACUGAAGAAUAACAUGUAUCAGUCAUUAAUGAAAUGACUUUCUUAUAACCAUUA